AUGAAUUCACUGGUUUCUUGGCAGCUGAUGCUUUUCCUCUGUGCCUCCUCCUUCAGGGAGACAUUUGAAAAGAUGGCACCCAUGGAGAAUCCUAGACCGACAGGCCAGCGGCUCGGACCCCAGGCCCUCCUGGCCCCCUGGGAGCAGAGCCGGCGCUGCGCAGACAGGAAGCCCGCCGGGGCCCGGCUCAGCCCGCGGGAGGCCUCGCUGUGCCCGCCUCCCAAGAGCCCCGCGGGGCCCCAGCAGCCAGGACUGUGCGCCCCCCGCAGCCGCCUGAUGCCCGCCCCCCGGGGCGCGGUGCUGGUGCCGCGGGAAAGGGACCUGUCCGCCUACAACUGGAACUCCUUCGGCCUGCGCUACGGCAAGCGGCAGACUGCGCCUCCCGCAAGGCUCCGCGGCGGCGCCGGGCGUGGCUGA